GUGGCGCCUCCGCCAACAUGGCCGCGCCCGGCGGUUGCAGCUGCCUCCUCCUGGUGCUCGUGUUAACGGCGGCCGCGGGGGAGGAGGCAGCGCGGCGAGGGGAGACCCCCGCCGCGGGGUGCGGGUGCGGCGCUAGCCGGGGCAGUGACGGCGGGCGGGAGGCGGCGGCGCGGCGGUACUCGGCGGCGGCGGCUGCGGGCGAGCGGGCCGCUGGGCGCAGGCGGAUGGUCGCUGUUCCCGGAGGGGUGUUCACAAUGGGCACUGAUGAGCCUGAAAUACAGCAAGAUGGAGAAUGGCCUGCUAGAAGAGUCUAUGUCAACAGUUUCUACAUGGAUCAAUAUGAAGUCAGCAAUGAAGACUUUGAGAUAUUUGUGAAUUCAACUGGGUAUGUUACGGAGGCAGAAAAAUUUGGUGAUUCCUUUGUGUUUGAGGGCAUGCUGAGUGAAGAAGUGAAGGCUGAAAUCCACCAGGCAGUUGCAGCUGCUCCCUGGUGGUUGCCUGUGAAGGGAGCCAAUUGGAAACACCCUGAAGGUCCUGACUCAAAUAUCUUAAAGAGAAUGGAUCACCCAGUUCUUCAUGUUUCGUGGAAUGAUGCUCUGGCUUUUUGCACAUGGGCAGGAAAACGAUUACCAACUGAGGCUGAGUGGGAAUAUAGUUGUCGAGGGGGCCUUGAGAAUAGGCUUUUCCCAUGGGGCAACAAGCUUCAGCCCAAAGGUCAGCAUUAUGUCAACAUCUGGCAGGGAGUGUUCCCAACUAAUAACACUGCAGAGGAUGGAUACAGAGGAACUGCACCUGUCACUGCAUUUCCUCCAAAUGGAUAUGGCUUGUACAACAUCAUAGGAAAUGCUUGGGAAUGGACGUCUGACUGGUGGGCUGUUCAUCAUUCAACAGACGAGGCUCACAAUCCUCUCAGGGAGGCUGGCCUUCCUAGUUUCUGGAAGCGGAGGAGGGGAAUGCUGACUCAAGGCAGGUCACAGUAUCACUCUGAGUUGCAGGAGAGCAAUUUCUCCAUUUGGCUAAAACUGAAAGGGCCCUCAUCAGGGACUGACAAAGUGAAGAAGGGCGGAUCCUAUAUGUGCCAUAAGUCUUAUUGCUAUAGGUAUCGCUGUGCAGCCCGUAGUCAGAACACUCCUGAUAGCUCUGCUUCGAAUCUGGGUUUCCGCUGUGCAGCAGACACCUUGCCAGAUCUGCAGUGACCAGAUUUGUUUGCACACUGAGACAUAAGGACUGAAUUUCACACAAGUGCAUGGAAUCUCACUUGCUGAUAAGAGAGAAUGGAAAAAAUCUAAUGCUUCAAGCUCCUGGAAGGGGGAAUCUGAAACAAGUGAAUACUGCCUGAAGAAACCUCAUGUAUUUUUGGGGAACCUGGUUUGGAUUUUUAUCUCAGCUAAACUUUUUAUCAGCGAAUUUUAUUGGCUUCAGUGGGACUAUUCUGGAAUUACAGUAGCUCAAAAUAGAGGAAAAACAUGCUGCUUCUGUUCUAAAAGAGUAAUUCUUUUUAGUAUCUCCUUUAGCAAAAAAUCUUUAAAUGAAGCUAUUUAUUUAAUACAGUUUGAACUUCCACACUCAAAAUUCUGUAACAAGGACUUUACAAGCUUCUAGAAAGCUUUAUAAGAAACUUAAAGCACAGUUACUGCUUUGGUAACCUCCUAGGAGGUGUAAUUGUCCAUUUUAAGAGAAGAUCUGUCUUCCAGUCUUCACAACUAGCAAGACACAGGCAGUUAGUGUAGCAACUUUUGUUACAUUCCUGUUGCAAUGAACAUCACUUCCGGAAAUGCACUUUUUCUGGUGAGAUCCUCUUUUUAAACUGCCUUCUGCAACUGUGCAAAUAGUCUACAUAUUUGAAUAAAAUAUCAGGCAUUUAUUUAUACUAGAGGCUUUUUUUUUUUUUUUUUUUUAACUGUUGGAAAAACCCAGCUUCCUCUGAAUUUCUCUUGGACACUGUAGGCUUAAUUUGGGGACUUGAAAAUAAUCACCAAAAUGGCAUCAUUAGAAACUGGGGCUAACACAUGGCUCUACUUUAAAUGGAAGGUUAUAAAAAUGGAGAGAUGGGAAAUGUAACUACUCAUGUAAAUGUUGAAACUGGCCUCUAAGUUUAGUAAUAAAAAACAAAAUAAAAAAAAAAAAAGCCUUAGAGGAGGAGAGGAAGAAAGAAUACUGAGAGCUAUCUCAUUUGGGGAUCUGAAUGCAUUUGAAGCACGAAGUAUUUUUGCACUGCUACUCACUAUAGGAUGUACCGUCUGGAGAUACUGCUAUACUGAAUAACUGUGUGCCUUAACUGGAGACUAAACAAAUUUUCUGUGUACUAAGCCCUGAACCAGAAUGGCCAUCCUUCCAAACUUCCUGUGGCUUGCUGUGUUGCUGACCUCUUACAGGCCUCUUAACUGUGUAUAAAAUAGGGACUGGAUUUGGCCAUCUUGUCAGCUGCUUUAAGAUCUAACACUGAAAAUGUGUAUUAAUAAAAUAGUUGCAUUAUUGCUGCUAACUCUUGCAGCAUUGCUUUUUCUACAGUAAGUCAGGCUGGGGUCAUACAAAUCUGUUGUUUCCAACUGCUUCUCCACUUAGGUAGUGCUUCAUGUUGAAAGAAAGGUACUGAAGAGAGCCGAGGAAGCGCUUUCACAAAAAUCAGCCUCUAAUAGGGAGCUAAGUUAAUUUUAGCAACAAAAAAAUUGAUUCCAGAAUAUACCACUGAGUUAGCUUGCCAAGUUAUAAUACAUCAAUCAUGCAAUCACAUGAGCAAAUGGUAAAGACUGGCUGACCAGCACUAGAAAUUUUAAUUAGAGGUUUUAAUGCAUGUAUUUUGUAAUAGGGAAAGAAUUUUUAUCCCUGAAUUUCUCAGAAGACUCAUUUCUGCCCCAAGAGUUAAUUUACUUUAAUAAAGAUUUUUACUUUGUUUCAUAUUCUGGAAUAAAAACCCUAAAAUCUUA